AUGGCCAGUGGCAUGCCAGCCCCUCCCUACGGCUUCCCGAGUAUCCCACCAGCCUACAUGCCUGCGUACGCCCCCAUGCCAAUGCCGAUGCAGAUGCCACCCUGGAUAACGCCGAAUUUCGACCAGUACCCCCCACAAGAAGAAUAUCGCAGCUCCGGCCGCAGACAUCGGCAACGACCAAGCAUGUCCGACUUUGAACGCAUGCAACAAGAUAUCAACGAUCGGUUCCGGUCGAUGGCGGAGGAGUACCAGAAGAAUAUGCAGGAGCGAGAUGCGUUUUUGUUUGGGAGCGAGAGCGAGAGGAGGCAGGAGUUGUAUAAGCAGAGGAUGCUGAAGAUGUUUCAGGAGAUGGUGCCGCAGUUGGGGCAGUUGGUGGGGAUGGCGCAGAUGGGGGGUUUAGAUGCGGGGGGUGGAUUAGGUGCUGGGGGCCUAGGGGGUGGUGGGCUGGGUGGAGUGGGUGGGAUGGGGAUUGGUGCUGGUGGCAUGGGCGGUGCUGGGAUGGGUGGUUUGGGGAUGAAUCCUAUGAUGGGUCAGGCUGGGACGAUGGGUAUGCCUGGCUAUCCCGCCAUGCCAGGCGCGAAUCCGAUGGCUGGUGUAGGCGGCCCAACUCCAUUCAACAGUCCGAUGAUGGGCGGCAUGGGAGGCAUCGGCGGCAUGGGAGGAAUGGGAGGCAUGGGAGGUGGGAUGAUGGGUGGUGGGGGGCUACCUCCAUUUGGAAGAGGAAGGCGAAAUGAUCGCUGGAGUGGUGGCGGGGGGCGAAGAGGGAGAAGAGGACGCAGUAGUUCUUUCGCUGAGUUUGACGAUGAUGACGAUGAUCUCUUUGGCGGUGGAGGUGGAGGUGGAGGUGGGUUUGGUAGAGGGCGAAGGAGUCGUGGGAGGAGCAGAUAUGAUGACGACGAGGACGAUAUGCUAGGGUUCGGCAAUGACCACGAGGUCCAGGGCCCAGACCCGGUCGUGGUGACGCAGGUGGGCCCUCGUGCGGACGAUCCAGUGGCGCGGCAUUUGGAGGAGGCCCAAUGUCGCCGCCUUUGA